UUCUUUUUUUGCAUAGUUUAUUUAUACCUCUGAGUACUUGUCCGAGAUUGCCGAUAUAAAAAUCAAACAAAAAAAAACAGUUUUGUCCCUGGCUGUACUUGGGGUGGAUAUUACAUGCAACAUCAUGUUUAGUUUAAUUUAAACUUGUAACACUGGAUUAUGGAGCGGUAACUUUGUGGAGAAAAUAAAUGAUUUGUUUAAAACCUUCUGUAGAGACUGAGGCGCAGGAUGCAACAGAGGAAACUCAGAAGAUUUUUGAUCAGGUGAAGCACCAAGUGGAGGAAAAGACAGGAAUAAACUAUGUGGAAUACAGAGCAAUUGAAUACAGGUGUGAGGUUGUGAAUAGAGAACAAAUUCUCAUCAAGUUCAUGUUGGACUACAUUCAUCUGAUGGUCUCCCAAAUAAUUCUUCUUGUCAGAGGCGUGCCAAGCAGCAAAGAUUUUCCACAAGGUGUAGAUUAGCACAAAACCAAAGAAGACCCUCUCGUACCUUUUUCAAACUGAUUAAACAACCUGUUUCAACAGUGAAAUACUUACAGGCUGCAGUCUCGUAUUAAAAUGCUUUUCUCCGCGCUUCUUUAUUCUGAAAUGAUUUGACACUGAUUUU